AUGAGACAAAGAGAACAAGGUUCAUCACACGACCAAGGAAGCAGAUAAUAUUCUAAGAUGUGAGAAAAGAAAAUUUGUAUGUAACUUACUAGAAAGGACGGAACAAGGUUUUAAAGCAAAUAAAACACGUGAUAUGUAUAAGACUAUUAAGAAUUUAAGUGGAGAUUUCAAAAGAAGCGAACGUUUUAUUAGAGAUAAUAAUGGAUCCUUGGUUACUACAGAUGAAAGUAUAGCUAAAGAAUGGGAGAAAUACUUUGAAGAAUUACUGAACUGUGAAGAACCAGACGAAUUGUUCAUAUUUAACCUAGGAAAUAUAAACAACCAAGAAUGUCCAGAGCCAACUCUAGAAGAAAUAGACUUACAAAUAAAGAAUCUGAAAAACAAUAAGUCUCCAGGCGAAGAUGGUUUCCAGGCUGAAUUACUUAAAAAAGGAGGGGAGGACGUGACACAAUGGAUCUGGCAAGUGAUUAAAAAAAUAUGGGUAACGGAAGAAUUUCCAGAAGAUUGGAAAACGUCCCUAAUCUGCCCAAUACACAAAAAAGGAAAUAAACAAGACCGUAAUAAUUAUAGGGGAAUUGCCCUACUGAAUAUGGCGUACAAACAAAGUUUUCUCAAAUUGUAUUCUAACAGACAAUUGGUGAAUAUCAAGGUGGUUUUAGACUGGGNUUGA